AUAAAACCCCUGAAGAUUCAGCUGUCUCGAUCAUAAGCAUUCUGACUGCACCAGAAUGAUCAGCACUCUGUACUUCUUUGCGCUGCUGAGCUCUGCGAUGGCCUGGGGGCAUGUAGGCCUGUGGAAAGAGCGGAGUGCGAGGAAUGAGACAGAGGAUGGAAGUGGGGACAGAUGUGCCUGUGAUGCCUUCCUGCCCGGUUCAACUUUUCCUUUAAGAGACCUGGUGGUGGUGGAGCAGACAGCUGUGGAGAUCUACCACAAACUGGAGCUGGAGUUGGGCAAGCUGGAAAACUAUGAGACCAAGCUGACAGAAUAUUCAGAAAAAAUAAUAAAGUUGACGGUGGAGGUUGAAAAAAUUGAGAAGAACCCCGAUGCCUACAAUGAAGCUGACAAGGACGAGAUUAAGGUGAAGAUUAAGCAAGUGGAAGCUCUGGCUAAAGAGCUGCAGCUCUCCAUCAGAAGCUCCACCACUAUCUUCAGGUCACUGCGCGUGCAGGUUACAGCCAUGGAAGAGACCUUGACGAGGCUGGAGAAGACCUACGACAAGAAUGUGGUUCUGGCGACCCGUCGAGAAUACAUCAAGGUGCAGAUGCAGCUAGAAGAGUGCGAGAGACGCCACCAGGAGCUCUUCAACCCAAACAUUGGGUCCUGUGCACACACUGGUAUCAUCAAGGUUGGCAAGCCCGUUGUGAGUCACCUGAAUGCCCAUCUAAAUGCUGGCUAUAAAUUUGGAGGCUGGGGGAGAGAUUCAAAGCCUGUUCCCGAUAGAGAGUCUAUGUAUUGGUAUUCUGGCUAUACUAGCAGCUCCAUUGUUGACAUUAGGUUCUAUACUAACUACAACAGUCUCAUUUUGAGAAAUCACUUCCAGCAUCACAAUUUACACAGCGGGUGGUAUGGUACAGGGAACAAUUUCAUCAUCCGUGACAAUACCCUGUACUAUCAGAUCAACAGUCCCUUUGGGUUGGCUAAACUGAAUUUCACUACCAUGAGAUAUGAGUCCAGGGUGAUUGCAAAGGCUAGCACCAGAUUCUCUUAUGCUAACUCUCCCAAUCAAAACUUUGACUUUGCUGCAGACGAGACAGGCCUGUGGGUGACCUAUGCUACAGCGGAGUCCAGUGGUCGGAUGGUCAUUGCUAAGAUAAAUGAGCCUUCUUUUGGGGUUGAGGAGGAAUGGCAGACUAGUGUCUUCAAACCAGGGGUGAAUAACGCCUUCAUGGUGUGUGGCGUUCUGUAUGCAGUCAGGACAGUAGAUAUCCAAACUGAUGAAAUCUUUUACAAGUACGACACCAGAACCAGACAGGAGAGCUACAUCAGUGUUCCCUUUGUGAGAUUCCAGGAAAAGUAUUCCAACCUGGACUACAAUCCCACUGACCAGAAGCUCUACAUGUACAAUGAUGGCUACUAUGUAAAUUAUCACCUGUGGUUUAACCACACAACUAAAGCCACUGUGGCGCCACCAUAUCGCCGGACCUAAAUCAUUAUUUGUGAUUUCCUUAGUUUAACAUCUUAAAAAUCAGACAAUGAUUGUAUCAUUCACCUUUCCUCUUGUAGUUCAUGUAGUGCAUCAUAUAUCCUUCUUCUUGAAUGCUAAUAAAUGAAUAAAUGACCU